GUUUCCUCUCACUAUACAUCACAUGAUCCAUCACCAUCAUCAACAGUACCAAUCCAUCCCUUCCCUCAGAACAAAUCAUGGUGACCACCCGAUCCAGCAAAUCCUCUGCCUCGCAGUCGGCCAACCAACCCGAUUCCGAUCAACCCAAGAUCGACCAGGCUCUCGGAGCUUCGGGGGGAGAGACCAAGACCAAGGGACAGAAGAGGACCGCCAGUAAAGCCAAAGAUGAGGAAAAGGAGGAUGAUCAGGAGGUUCAGGCCGUUUCGAAGGAACAGGUAGAAGAAGAGCAUGCGGACAAGAAGAGAAAGGUCGAAGACGAUGCAGAGGAUGUAGGCAAAGAUGACUCGGCCCCAGAAGCGAAAGACCAGAGCAAGGAGGAAUCUAAGCCCGAGACCGAGUCGAAACCAGUCGAACAUCAAAUCUCUGACAAGUCCGAAGUCACCGCUGCCGAGAAGGACUUGACCAAGCAUGCGGACGUUCUCGAAUACGGUCGGAUUCACUUUCUCUACAAACCCCGUGUCGAGAUCAUGCAUCCGUCCGAUAUCUCAGAGGUACAAAGACUGCAUAUUAUCCUGCAGCCUCACGAUGAAAAACACCCGGAAACCUUUGAAAAGGACGGCAAGGGAGAGAAGAAACCGGUCCUCUCCCGUUUGAUCGGGGUAGGGAGAAAGGUCCUGCCCGAUGCGGAAAAGAAGAGCGAGGGAGCGCCGCCUCCGCCUCAAAGUACCGGGGGACGAGGGAGGGGGAACAAUCUGGGUCGUGGAGGGAGACAACCGUUCUGGGGUUUCGUCUCGGACGUCAGCGAGAACAUCGAGGACCUGCAUUCCAGACUGGGAGAGACCCAAAACGAGACCAAGACCAAAGGUACUCGCACGACCGGCCCUGAUCGUCUGAUCGCGUCUGGACCCUACUGUAUCCUCUCUCACGCAUCUACCAAAUCCGGCGAAGCCGCCUCAAAGACCCCGGAAGGAAAAGGUGACCCUCCUUCUCGACGAGAUACUCUGCUCGUCUACAGCUUGACGUUGCCGCACGAGAUGGGAGAGGUGCAAAAGGCUUUCAAUUUGAGAAGGGAAGGGGCAUUCAGGGUCAGCGUUAAGAAUCCCAAGAUCAAUACACCUGUUCCUGGAGGUGCUGGGACCGGAUUGAAACAAAAGGCAGAGUUUCCCGAGGAACUACAAAACUCCAUGGGCGAUCUUCGCUGGCACCCACUGACACCUCCGUCCUACCUCGAUUAUCAACACGCCGAGCUUUUGCUCAUCGCAACCCACCCCUCCGAUCUCCCCGAUAUCGCUGGAGACGAGGUCUUGCAUGACAUGGAGGAGAUUGCUGACGAAGGCGAUAUUGAGCAUCUGAACAAGGCUCAAGGGGAAGAGAUGGAAGAGGAGAUUGCGGGAGAAAUCUUUGAAAUGCUCAAAGCUAGAGAUGCCAAGGGGACCGUCGUUGGAGGAGAUACGGUGAUUACUGGCGAGUGGGAAUAGACCAUGUCGCAAAAGAGGAGGUCACCACAGAAAAGGAAUUUUACGUUGUAAACGCGGUCGCGUCCCGUUGAGGUCAAGCCUAGGUUGCCUGUUUGUUUGACCAUUAUGCUAUCUGGUUUGGCAAGUGCGGCACCCGAAGAACGUUCUGUCUAUAUGGCCUGAUCAAUCUCUCAACCGUCACUUCGUCUCUUCAACUCCCUAAAGAUCUCCUUCGUGGCCAGCUGGCGGCUUUCCCGUACGGCCUGCUCUGUCUUGCGAACAUCCGGCACGAUCAUCUGCGGUUC